AUGAUUAGGAGGAGAGUUAAUGCAACUUACGUACAAGAAACUAAGUGGACUGAUGAGAAAGUUAGGGAAAUUGAAGAUACCGGUUUUAAACUGUAUUACAAUGGUAAGGAUAGACGUAGGAAUGAGGUAGGAAUCUUAAUUGCCAAGGGUUUUGUGGAGAAUGUAGUGGCGGACAUUAGGAAAGGGGAUAUGAUUAUGUUAGUUAAACUAGUUGUUGGAAGGAAUAUAGUGAACGUUAUUAGUGCAUACGCCCCUCAAGUAGAAUUAGAUUAUCAAACUAAGAGGGAUUUUUUGGAGCAAAUGGAUGAGAUCUUACAGGAGAUUCCCGUAGAAGAGAACCUGAUUAAAAGUGGAGAUUUUAAUGGUCAUGUAGGCAUUGAUAAACUAGGCUAUGAAAUGGUGCAUGGUGGAUACGAUUUUGGUAACAGAAAUGAAGCUGGAGAGAGUAUCUUAGAUUUUGCGUUGACUUCUAACCUGACAAUAUAG